GGGCGAUGAGAGGAGGAGCAGCAAAGGCAAAGGCGAGCUGUGCGCUGGCACGCCGAGUCCGCGACACUUAUUAUGAGCGCACUCCGGCGCCACGUGCGCCUCGGAUUUGUCGGCUCUCUCUCCCCGUCUUCACCUCUCUCCCUCUCCUCCCCGGCCUUCACCCCACCCGAAUGGCCAAGCGCAAAAGGGCGCCCAAGGCCCCCGCCGACCCCGCGCACGACCUCAACGCCCUCCUCCCCCAGAAAAGACACUACAGGCAGCGUGCACACGCCAACCCCUUCUCUGAUCAUGCCCUCAGCUACCCGCUCUCCCCAGACGCCAUCGACUGGGCCGCUCUAUAUCCGACCUCACCCAGCACACCAGAGUUUGCUGAUGUCGGCUGUGGCUUUGGCGGUCUGCUGAUCGCCCUCGCGCCUCUCUUCCCAGACACCCCCAUGCUCGGCAUGGAAAUCCGCGUCCAGGUCUCCCAGUACGUGCAAGACCGCAUUGCUGCUCUCCGUGCUACUGCCGCCGCCAAUCCUCAGUCGGCCCCUCCCGGCGCCUACCAAAACGUAUCAAUAGUUCGCGCAAACUCCAUGAAGUUCAUGCCAAACUAUUUCCCCAAGCACUCGCUCUCUGCUCUCUUCUUCCUGUUUCCCGACCCGCAUUUCAAGGCCCGUAAGCACAAGGCGCGCAUCAUUUCUCCCACUCUCCUGGCGGAAUAUGCGUACAUACUGAAGCCCGGUGGUAUCGUCUAUACGAUCACCGACGUGCGCGACUUGCACGAGUGGAUGAAGGCCCACCUCGAGGCCUUCCCCCUGUUUGAACCGGCGAGCGAAGAAGAUCUACGGGCCGAGGGAAAAGGUCCGAUACUCGAUGCCGUCUACUCAAGCACAGAGGAGGGCAAAAAGGUCGAGCGCAACCAGGGAGACAAAUGGCUGGCCUGUUUCAGACGAAUUGAAGUAGCUAGGAUUUGACAAGCCAUGUACUGUUGUUCUGUACUUAGUACUCAAUCGAGGAUUGCUGUACAUC